AUGGCCUCGACAUCUUACGCUCGCCCUAGCUCCUCGCAGCUGCCCCCCUCUGUUUUCAACCCGCGGCGGCAUGUCAAUGUACAACCCGAGCGCGUCUCGGACGUGUCGAACACGGAGUAUCCUGGUCACUACCCCGACGAGGACCACAGCUGGGACUUGCAGAAGUUCAAGCAGACUCUAAACGUAGAGGUCAAGAGACUCUCGCAGCGGUCGAUCGAAUUUGACCUGGUGGGCGUCGAUGCGUCAAUCGCGAACGCGUUCCGGCGGAUCCUCAUUGCGGAGGUGCCGACAAUAGCCAUCGAGUAUGUCUACAUGUGGAACAACACGUCGGUCAUCCAGGACGAGGUCCUCGCGCACCGUCUCGGGCUUGUCCCGCUCAACCUAAACCCGGCGCUCUUCGACUUCCGCGACGCCAGCGGGGUCCCGACGGACCGCAAUACGCUCGUGUUCCGGCUGAACGUGGCGUGCGAGCUGGACAAGAGCACGCCCAAGGGUGCGCCGAAACAGUACAUACAUGAUCAAGUGACGAGCGGCGACCUCGAGUGGGUCCCGCAAGGUGAACAAGAGACCGCAUUCGGGGACCGCAUACCUGGCCCGACGAACCCGAACAUUGUCCUGGCAAAAAUGCGACCAGGACAAGAAAUCGAGUUGGAGCUGCAUGCAGUCAAAGGUGUUGGCAAGGAGCACGCAAAAUGGAGUCCAGUCGCAACGGCCUCGUAUCGCACACAUCCGUUGAUUCUCCUCAAUCCCUCCAUGCCUGUGCCACCGCAUCUGGCACAAAAAUUUGCUAAAUGUUUUAGCCCGGGUGUCGUGCAAGUCAGUGCUGACGGAGAGGUGUCUAUCGACGAGCACAACCUGCGAAAAGAAAGCAUGUCGCGGGAGGUUCUGCGGCACAAAGAGUUCGAGGGGUGCGUCGAGUUGAAGCGCAUCCGGGAUUGGUUCAUCUUCACGGUCGAGUCGGAGGGCCCGUACGCGCCCGAGGCGCUCUUCCCGGAGUCGGUGCGUGUGAUGCGCGAAAAGAUUGCGAACAUCCGGCGGGCGGCGGAGGCGCUACUCGCGGAUGCGGAUGGUGGGGGCGGGGUAGGCGCGGACGGGGAUGUGGAGAUGGCUGGUGUCUGA